CGCACGCAUGCAGGCACCCCAGUCCGGGUGCCGCCGGCUCCCCCAGCAGCCGGGUCACGUGGGCCCGGCGCGGGAAGCCGCGCGAGAGCAGCCCGCCGGGUGCGUGAGCGGGCGCUGCCGCGUGCUGUGCGCAGCGCGGGAGCCCGCCCCUCCCGCAAGGAGCAGCACGCCCGCCCGCCCGCCCGCCGCCGCCGCGGCGGAGUCUGGAGCCACAAUGGAUACUGCUAGCCAUAGCCUUGUUCUUCUGCAGCAGCUGAACAUGCAACGAGAAUUUGGUUUUCUGUGUGAUUGCACAGUUGCUAUUGGAGAUGUUUACUUCAAAGCCCACAGAGCGGUACUUGCUGCUUUUUCCAACUAUUUCAAGAUGAUAUUUAUUCACCAAACAAGUGAAUGCAUAAAAAUACAGCCAACUGACAUCCAGCCCGAUAUAUUCAGCUACUUGUUGCAUAUUAUGUACACAGGAAAAGGGCCAAAACAGAUUGUGGAUCAUAGUCGUUUGGAGGAAGGGAUCCGAUUUCUCCAUGCUGACUACCUUUCCCACAUUGCAACUGAAAUGAACCAAGUGUUCUCACCAGAGACUGUGCAGACCUCAAAUCUCUAUGGUAUUCAGAUUUCAACAACCCAGAAAGCAGCUGUCAAACAAGGGCUGGAGUUCAAAGAAACUCCUCCCAGUAGCAGUGGAAACCGAGCUGCGGUCCAAGGUGAGCACCCCCAGUUGCAGCUCUCUCUUGCAAUUGGGCUAGACGAUGGCAGUGCCGAGCAGCAGAGGGCCCGGCCUGCUGCCCAGGCCGUGGAGGAGCACCAGAAACCCCCGGUGUCCAUCAAACAGGAGAGGUGUGAGCCAGAGACUGCGAUCUCACGAGGCCACUCCUCCUCCUCUUCAGAAGUGACUGGCCCCUCUUUUACAGAAAACAGUAUCAAAGUCCACUUAUGCCAUUACUGUGGGGAGCGUUUUGAAUCCCGCAGCAGCCUGAGACAGCACCUGCAUACCCAUGUGUCUGGAUCUCUCCCAUUUGGUGUUCCUGCUUCCAUUUUGGAAAGUAAUGACCUUGGUGAAGUGCAUCCACUUGGUGAUAGCAGUGAAGCUCUUGAAUGCCGGGGGCUUAGCUCCUUCGUUGUCAAGGAGAAUGAGCAGCAGCCUCCACCUCCUGAGCACUCAAGCCGUAGUACAGCAGAGCCUUUACAGAUCAGUCAAGUGUCUUUGAUCUCCAAAGACACAGAGCCAGUAGAAUUAAACUGUAAUUUUUCUUUUUCAAGAAAAAGAAAAAUCAGUUGUACCAUCUGUGGUCAUAAAUUUCUUCGAAAGAGCCAGUUACUGGAACACAUGUAUACACAUAAAGGUAAAUCUUACAGAUACAACAGAUGCCAAAGGUUUGGAAAUUCACUGGCCCAGAGGUUUCAGCAGUAUUGUGACAGCUGGUCCGAUGUCCCCCUGAAAAGUUCUCGCUUGUCACAAGAACAUUUAGACUUGCCCUGUGCCUUAGAGUCUGAGCUCACACAAGGAAGUGUGGACACCAUUCUUGUCGAGUAGUAGCUUCUCCUUUAGAAUUUUUAUCCCAGUCCUGGAGAAGAUUCGUACACCAUUUUUAAAUAAUUAUUUAAUUAUUUACCUCCUCAUGGUCUGUUGACUUAAAAUAUCUGUCCCUAGUUUUGAGGUUGUACAUACCAGUUCUUAAUGACAUGGCUAUUAAAAGUAACUUUCAAAUUA